AUGAUAUUUUCUUUAAACGAGUUAGUACACUGGCUGGGAUUGACAAUUUUUGAAAUAUGGAUAAACUUAGUUUCAUUAACAAUCUUCACAAUGUUAUUAGCCCUUAAGCUGGAUGAUAAUUACUUCCUAGGUCAUACAGGAUGGUGGAUAGUGUUUUCACCACUUUUUGUUGCAGAUGGUCUGAACACUUAUUUUUGUGCAAUUAUUUUCAUAAGAAUGCAUAUGGAAGGGAUGAUCAAAGUUGCUAUUCUAAGAGCAUUAUGGAGUCUUAUAUCAUUACUUUUAAUAUUCGUUUUUAAAUAUCUUCUGUGUAAAAAGCUCUCUGGACAAAGCACUCUAGAGUAUUCAGAAAUCUUAAGCCCCAUAUUCAUUCUUUUACAAUUAAUUGCAGUUAGAGCAUGUCAACUACAUUGACCGGUACAACAUAUCAUUAUUAGUACAUACAAACUCACAG